AUGUCUGAUGAGAAGUAUGCGACACAUACUCUAUGCACUUACCCAAGUGUCGAGUGUCCAAUAUUCACCUACUGUAAAACUUCUAUUGUGGACUUCCACCGAAGCUGUCCAAACUGUUCUUUUCGCCUUUGCCUCACUUGUUCUCGGGAGAUCCGUGAUGGUCACUUCCUGGGAGGUGGGAAGGAAGUAAUCUUUCAAUAUAUUGACAAUGGACGAUCUUGUCUGCAUGGUGGCAAUGCCUAUCCUGUUUUCUCUGGAAAGGGUGUGGUUCAGCACGGUGAAGAAAAUAAUCAGCAGCAGGAAAGAAGGAGAAACAGCGGGGGUGAAGUAGCAGAGAGGGCGGAGAUUUGGAUAUAUCUGUUGGCACAAGGUCCAAAGAUCAUGAGAAGUCAACUUCUGAGUGGAAAGCGAAUAAAAAUGGUGUCAUUUGUUGUCCUGCGAGGAAAAUGGGUGGCUGUGGUCAUCACCAACUAGAGUUGAAGUGCAUGCUUCCUGAAGAUUGGGUUUCAUGCUUGGUGAAGAAAGCAGAGGAUGCAUCUAAAAUGCUCAAACUUCAUGUUAUGCCUAGAACUUCCCUGCAAUGGUGCUCCUGUUUCAGUUCACUGGGUGACAUAGACUUAGACAGUGCUAAGUCACAUAAAGCAGCUUGUUGAGAAAAUUCCAUUGACAACUAUCUGUUCUGUCCUACAGCCGGAGACAUUCAACAUGGGAAUUUGAAGCAUUUCCAGCAGCACUGGGUCAAAGGUGAGCCAGUGAUUGUGAGUGAUGUGCUUGAACAUACAUCUGGUUUGAGUUGGGAACCAAUGGUUAUGUGGCGUGCAUUCAGACAGAUAACACAUUCUCAGCAUUCUAAGCAUUUAGAUGUUGUGGCCAGUGAUUGCUUGGAUUGGAGUGAGGUUAGUUCAGGAUUUAAAUUAUUCAUUGUAGUUGAGCAUUGAAUUAUGUGUCUUUGUUGUGAGUGAUAACCAAUCCAAUUGCCUAAAAAACUAAUGGCAUCUAAGUGAUUGCAAAGAUGUU